CACAAGACUUUGAUUGUUUGUAUAAACGAAAGGUGAAUCAGUUGUGGUCGGCUUUCAAAACGUACAAUUUCAAAUCGCGUUGCUGCUGCUGGAGAGCGCGCAUUUUUGUUUCUUUUUUUUUGUGUUUCAUUUAUUCUUGAGCAAAAUUAACAUCAAUUUUGAUCUAACGAUGAAUAAGUCUUCAAAUGUUGCAACAUUAAAAUUGUGAUGUGCGGUUUUUUGUGUGUAAGAAAUAUCAAUAGUGGAAAUGUGCUAGUUCAUGUAGGAAAUACCGUUGAUUCCGAUCAGUGUUGUGAAUGUUGCUAAUUAAUUUUUUUUUUAUUUGAAGCUAAAUUCUGUUGUUUCGUUCGUUAGAUACUCGAGGUGACAGAGAGUUUUAUAUCGUCGUAAAAAAUACGAGAGGAAAAACCCAAGUGUAAUCGACACCCUGCAUUUUGAUAUUGCUUUCAAUCGGAACGAACGUUUCCAUUACACUUUACAUAGUCACAUAUUGCACUCUCAAGAAGAAGAAGAAAAAAAACUAGUGAAAAAAGAGUUCGUAGAAAGUAUUUUAAAUUGAUGAAAAGAUGAGCUAAAUGUGCCAAAUUGAUUUUUUCCGCCAGUGAAUAAAAAAUGACGAUACAAUCACCGCUGUUUCGAUAACAAAACAUCGUUCAUUUUACCAUUUAUUAUUGAAUGUGAAUUAAAAAAAAGAAAGAAUUAUUUGAAAAAGAAAAGAGUUCCAAGUGCUCAUUGUUGAAGACACAGUUACAACAGUUAUUUCCAGAUUUAAAUGAUUUCAUUAUGGAUGUGUCAAUAAUGUUAAAUUUGAAAGUGAUGUUCAUAAUUGGAUUACUUCUUAUUGGAUUAACGGCGAUCGCAGCGGACGAUAAUGAGAGCAAACAAAAUGAAGAAACAUUAUCAGUAUUGCCGCUAGGAUCCACAUCUAUGUCAACCACAACAACCGCAUCAUCAUUAUUUUUAUCGACUUCAUCUUCAAACCAAAACAAUUCUUCAUCAGCAUCAUCAUCACCAACAACAACACCAACGCCAGAUGCGGUAAAUGAUGAAAAAACCAGUAGUAAUUCAUCUGAUAGUGAUCACACCACAAAAAAUCCUAAUUCUGACGAAGAGAUACCGGACAAAAAAAUGACCGUGAACUCUGUUCAAAUGAAAAAUCAACCAGCAACGGUGUCAAUGGAGAAAAUUUUUAAUGAAGACGAUGACGAUAUAUCGAUGACCAAAAAUAAACCUGUUCGUGUAAAUGGUGGCGGUAAACAAAUCGAUGAAAACGAUGAUUCAAAUGUGCCAUUAGUAGCAAUGACAAAACAAGCGGAUAUUAAAGGUCGUGCAUUAAAUUUAACCGAUGCAUCAUUUGUAAAUGAAAUGGCAAAUAGAAAAGGUGUUGAAAUGAUUAAUUAUGUUACAACACAAUCGAGUGUUAGCGCAAGAGGAAUGGAGGACUUGAGUGAUGUUAGUAUGGAUGACGACGAUGAUAAUGAUGAAAAUAGCAUGCUGCACAUGCACACACACAGUGAAGACACUAUGCUCGAUGUUAACGAAUGCAUAAACAAUGGAAAGAGAUAUAAGAUUAACGAGACGAUGGAUAAAGGAUGUGAUCAACGGUGUACGUGCAAAACGGGAUCCUGGAUAUGUGAACCGAGAUGCAAGGGAACACUAUUCAAGAAAGGCAAACAAAUCGAUGAUCCAAAGUGUUUCGAACGACCAUCCAAAGACGACGAAUGUUGCGCAGUAAUGAUCUGUGAGGAUGAGGUCGAGGGAGACAAAGGAAAAUUAAACGAAACGGCUGCAGUAGAAAACACAUGUCUACACAACGGCAAAACGUACAAACCAAAUGAUCGAAUCGAAGAUGGUUGUGACCUGUUAUGCACGUGCGAACAAAAUGGUAAUAUUUCCUGCACUCCAAGAUGUCCCAAAAUGAAUCAAACAACGUCGGAAAAGUGCGUCAAAGUUAAAGAUCCCAAAGAUGUGUGCUGCGAAAUCGAACUCUGCGACGUAACAUUGGACGAUCAUGAACAGUCACCGUUUGUCGUCGUACCACCACCGUCCAGUGUUGAAAAGUUAACACAAACCCCGAAAGAUACAAAAGAUCAGAAAGACUGUCUACAUAAGGGGGAGUACUACAAAAUCGGACAACAAUUUCAUGAUGGAUGCGACGCGCUGUGUAUUUGCAGCAAAGCUGGCGUGCAUUGUGCAAAAUUAGAAUGUCCAUCGAAUUUCGGGCUGGAUGUUUUAGAUCCACAUUGUUUGCGAUGGGAACCCGAGCCAGCAACAUUCCGAGCUAUUGCACCGAAAUGCUGUCCGGAACGAAUGAAGUGUGUUGACAAUGGUACAUGUGAAUACAAAGGACAGUUUUUCGAUAAUUGGGAAGAAAUUCCCAGCAACAUUUCGGGGUGUGAACAACACUGCUACUGUGAACGAGGAAAAGUUGAAUGCCGACCAGCAUGUCCUCCAGUUCCAGCACUCCCACCGCCACAUUUACCAUGUAAUCCAAAAAAUGCAAGGCUUUUGCCAGUCCCGGAUGAUGAAUGCUGUAAGCAGUGGUCCUGCACUACUAGUGACGCAGAGCCAGACGAAGGUAUUACAUCAUCCAUGGGUAUACGCGGUCCAACGAUAUCGCCAAUGGAUGAACAAACUACCGAAACCGAACAAAAUUCAUUGAACAAACACCAUCCAUUAUAUCCCACUGUCGAUGGAAAACCUCCAAAAAUACCACAAGAAAAACCGCACAAGAAACCAUCCAAACUAGACAGCAAUCCUAAUAAAUACCAUGACACAUUCACUCAUACCAUACCCGAACAAAAUGAAGAUAACAACAAAUUCGAUUAUCAAAACUAUGACGAAGACAUUACCAAUCAUCAUCACCAUACCAAUGCUAAUCCACAAGAACCUGGACCAGGUUUCUAUAAUCCAUCGACGACCAAAAAUCAAUAUCCCGACUACGAUCAUUCGUACGGCGAACAAAGUGUUCAUCAGAAACCCAAUCCGACGUACCAUCAUUACGGUCCAGAUUCCAUCAAUUCCGACAAAUUGCCUCCGGAACUGUUUAAUAUUUUGGGAGCGAACAAUCCGAACGUUCAGCCUCACAUACGCAUUGAACAGUUACUGCAGCAUAUACAGGGACCGGAUCCGAAUCAGGGACCGCUAAUACACGGCCAAAAUAUUCAUUUACCGUUCGGUGGCGGACAAUUCGGCGAUCAGCGACCGCACACGGAUUCAGGAGUCGGACAGCGACCAACAACAGGUCAUGGUUAUCCGACUCUCACGCCAGAUUUGCAAGUACUUGCAUUGGAUGCAAUUGAUUCGCGAACUGUUCGUGUCAUAUUUAUGGUCCCGCAAGUAUUUGUUGGAUUGCAUGGACGCGUAGAACUACGAUACACGAAUAAAAGAAACAACGACACAUCAACCUGGGCGGCUCAAGUUUUCGCUCCGCCAGAAGAUCUAAUCGCAACGUCUCAACUGGAAUUCGAAUUGCCCGGAUUGGAGCCGAACUCCGAGUACCGUGUGAAAAUCAACCUGAUUCUUCGUGAUCUGAACUCGCAACCGUCUAGUCAAAUAUAUUCCGUACGUACACCAGCCGAACACGAGAUAACGCCUCCCACAUUCACCGACAAUAUCGAUUACUCUCGUCCCAUCCAACGGCCGACGAUGUCGGAAAUUUUGAAAAAUUUGGACAACGUCGAUCUGAAAGCCAGCGAAACCAAUUCGACGUGGAUGCGAUUGAGUUGGAAAAAAUUGUCCGACGAAGAAUUAGCGUACGUUGAUGGCAUUCAGUUGCGAUACAAAGAGAUCAGUGGAAUGAUCUACGAUGCAACGCCACUUUUACAUCGCACAUUAACGUCGUAUGUAAUCGAGAACCUGAAUCCGGAAUCUAUCUACGAAUUUGGACUAUUUUUCAUACCGUUUCCGGGUCACGGAGCAGAAUUGCGAGCAGGUGAUAUGAUUAAGGUUCGAACUGCACCGAAGGUAGACGUCUACGGCUUCGAUGUUGUAGUCAAUGUGACCAAGGUGAAGGCGAUGAGUGUUGAAGUGUCGUGGAGUGGUGUACCAUAUCCGGAAGACAAAUACGUGAACAUUUAUCGGGCAAUCUAUCAGAGUGAUGCGGGCAAAGAAGAUUCAAGCGUUUUCAAGGUUGCUAAGCGAGACUCAACGACUGGAACACUGAUAGCCGAUCUGAAACCAGGAACUCGGUACCGAUUGUGGCUGGAAAUGUAUUUAACAAAUGGCAACAUCAAAAAGAGCAAUGUGGUGAACUUCUUAACGAAACCGGGCGGACCAGCUGUGAUCGGAAAGACGGGCAAACUACUAACAGCCGGAGAAGCAGCGACACAAGGAGAUUACUAUGGGCCAUUAGUAGUGGUUGCAGUCAUUGCCGCAUUGGCUGUUAUGUCAACGUUAAUUUUAUUGCUGAUAUUGACCCGUAGACGAAAUACUUCGACAGCUGCCAUAACGCCACCACGUAAAAACGAUGUUUCCUAUGACAAUCCUAGUUAUAAAGUCGAAAUUCAGCAAGAGACAAUGAAUCUGUAACAUCAACUUCGGAAUGAAACAAACUCCUCCUAAAGUUUGAACAGUUUAGUCGAUCUUUUGGGUUUCAUUUUUAUUUUUAUUUUUUAAUUUGUCUGUUGAAAUUUUAUUGUAUGAUAGCGACCGGAGUGUUUCAUAAUACGAAAAAAAAAGGAUUUUCUCAGAUAUACAAUCAGCUCUGAGCUGUUGGAAUUGCAUUCAAACGUACCACACUUGUUGUACAUAUAAGAAACAACUUUUUGUAACUAAAAUUUGAUUUUCCUUAUAACUAAUUUUUAUCAAUAAGUUAAGGUUAGCUAAUGCUUAAGAGUCAGUCAAAAUAAUCGAAUUAUAUUCGGUAAAUUCCUCUGUGUAGUGGUGGUGUGUGGAUAAAAUUUAUCAGAGCUUUCCAAUUCAUUCCCAUUUUCCAAUGACGAAGCUUUUAGACGACCCAUCUUCACAGAUGAUUAUCGUCCAUAUCUCUGCAGUAAAAUUCGAAAACCAAGUUUCACCCGACUCCGGCUCACAACGUACAAUUCAAUUUUGAAUGGAAUGCAAUGAACAAAGUUGUUCCCGAUCUAAAAAUUUCGAUAUGCAUGCAAAACACAAUCAUCGCAAUGUAAUAAAGCGAAUCCGUCCAAAUAUUUGAACAGUAUAGUCAUUUACAUAUAACUAGGG